GAGAGAGAGAGAGAAGGGGGAGGACCUUUGGACUGGGUGCCAGUGGUCGGACUGGGAUGUUGUCGUUGUGUUCAGGGAUGUGAAGCGACAUUAAGGAGCUGAUGAAAGGACUCCUGCCAGCGCGUGGAAAACAUAUUUCUACGUCUUUGCAGUUACAUAUAUAGCAGCACUGUGUGGUAGAGACCAGUUGAAGUUGGCUUCCUGCCUGUUGAGAUGUGCCAAUAGGAAACCCAGUGAACAGGGGUUCAUGCUGAUGAAAUUGAUCUGCUCAGUGAGCUCCAACCAGAGCCAUGGGGAGUACCCAGACUGCAGGAGUGAGAGGGAGUCAGGAGGGGAGGCGUCUCUCCUGGUGUCUCCGCUGGUGGUGGCGGGGAUUGUUAUAGGUCUGGUCCUCUUCCUCUCCUGCAUCACCAUCAUCGUGGGCAGCCUGCGCAAAGACAGUCGACUGAGAAACCCGCACCUCCGAGCAAGCUACGGUCCGGAUGGUUUUUCUUAUGGAGGUUCAGUAGGAGAACUGAGAUCUACCUGCUUAGAAGACUUUCCUCCUGGUUUAGACUUUGACUCUUACAGAGACACUCUGUCACAGGUCAACAGCUUGUAUCCCGACUCACCUCCACGUUACGAUGAGUGUGUUGGCCCUGGUUCUCAGAUCUACAUACCUACAGAUGACCCACCUCCUUACUCCCUGUUGGACCCCUGUCAGACAGGGGCAGAGCAGGAGGAACAGCCUAACUACACCAGCUCGGAUCCUUCUCCAUAUUACGGGGAGACCUCGGCCAGCGCCGCCUGGUUCUCCCGCUCCCACUACCCGCUGGGACUACAGGAGCAGGAGCAUCAGCACAUCGCUUCCAUUUCCUUCCCGCUGGAGGCGGCGCCAUCUUACGAGUCAGUGCUGGCCGAGCAAGGACAGCCCCUCCCUCUUAUGCCAUGUGACCUUUACAAACACCAAUCAGAGAGGGGGGACGACGGCAACUCCCGGCAACCAGGGGCGAACCAGAUCUUGUAGGACAAUUAAUUUGUUUCUUUCACCUGCGUCAUUGGUUGUCCCCAUGAAACAAACACUUGUGAUGUGGGGCAAAAAAUGGCUGGUAGGAGCAGCUGUGACACCAAACAAUGGACCUUAAUGAGGUUUAUUCAUCUUCCACACAGUUGCUAACACCUAAUAAGGCUGAAAAUAUGCUGACGUCAGCAUUUCAGUGGACUGAAAUCCAGCCUGGACUCCAGUUUCCUACAUGGACAAAACAAAAACUCACAUCUGAUUGCGUUGUAUUGUAAAGUUUCUGGUAUGACAACUCCUCUCCUAAAAAGGUUUGUCGUCCCAGUGAUGCUCCCUUGAAGAAAGACUCUCCUACAUCUAGUAAUAACACCAUCGUCUAGUUCAGUUUUUGUCACGUUUUGACUGUUAAUCUCUGUUUCUUGAAUCAGGAUUGAUCCAAGAGUCCAGCGUACUUACGUGUUUGGAGUUUAGGCUGAAUUACUGCUACAAAAUGCCAACAUUUAUCCAUCAUACUGUAGAUGACAGAAAGCUGAUUUUGUCUGUAGAAGAAAGAUUUGAGUGUAAACAAUAUCAAUGUGGUAUUUAGUAGUCUAGUUUAAGGUAUACACAAGCACACAGAGAGUACCCACCCCCUCCCACUUCUUUUGGUAUGACCCUCACUCCAAUUUAAAUGUUUUGGAUUAAAGUAUACUUACUUCUAGUGUUGUAUGCGGCAUCCUCAACUACCAGCACACCGCUGCUGAUUCCCAGUCCCUGUACUUUGUAAACAUUAGGUGCAGUGUGCUGUUCUGUAGCCUCCAGUGUGGUGGUAGUAUUAUAAUGGUUAGAAGAAAGAUUUUAUAAUAAAAUGGUUGCAACCAUAAAAUCCAAACUAAUUGGAAAAACUACGUAGACAGGAAGGGUGAAUUAUAAAACUCUCCCGCCUCCCCGUUUCCAGUUGUGUCUGUUAAAUAUUCGCAGCAUACAUCUGUCAUCACCAGAGAGGGGGUUUCAACAUGUCCACUGUCGUAUAAAUUCUUUCUAUCAAGGGCUGUGGUUGUAAUAUCACUGCUGUAACCGGACCCCAGCAGCAACAUGUAGCUCGGAGCCUUCCUCCCGAUGAGGUCGGGUUGAUGCAACAGAGGAGUCACACAUAAAACUGUAGACCUUAACACGCUGUUCACCGGAGAAAUGAAUGCUUCUGCCUUUGUCUGCUUCUCUCUGUCUCGCUCUCAUUAAAGCAUUAACAGCACCAUCACGGAGGUUUUUCCUCAUCGCACUAAAGCUUUCAAAAACGUCAUCUCAGUUAGCAACGAAUGGUUUGUGUUAGCUAAAAUUAUUCACUGAUAGGCUAAUUAAACAAAGAAACUGAUGUUAAUGUGUUAAUGUGACUCACUUAACCCUCUCUGAGACAAGUCUGGAUUACCAACUGUCAAUCAUUUGACUCCAGGUAAUUUGAUUAAUGGCAUUUUUUAAAAUUUUUUUUUAGAAAUUUGGACCUGAAGUAGAUGUCAAGUCUAGUCUUAAGAUGAAUUGUAGUUUAUAUUGUGCUCAUUUAUUGCAAUGGUUUUUUUUUGUUUUUAUGAAAUUGCACAGAAAACCUGGGGCAAGGUGUUAUUAUUCCAUCAUAGGAGCACUGU